AUGACACUCUCAUAUAAUCGAUAUGAAACUAUUCAAGUAGCCGGUCGAGGGGCUUUUGGAAUCGUUGUUGUUGCGAGGGAUAAUGUUAGUAAAAAACGAGUUGCCAUAAAGCGAAUUCUCGUUCCGAACGUAUCAAAACUUCAAUUAGUUCGUGAAAUCAGUUCUCUUCGAUGUCUUCAUCAUCGGAACAUUCUCAAAUAUUUGGAUUGUUUUGGGACUGCCGAUAUGAUAUCAAUUGUAACUGAAGAAGUUCCCUAUACGUUUGGAGACGUGAUCAAAGAUAAAUCUCGUCCGAAAACUGAGGAAUUGAAUAGAUGGUAUUACUCACAAAUCCUUUCCGGAAUCGCCUACAUCCACUCGAAAGAUAUAAUGCAUAGAGAUAUAAAACCUGAAAAUAUUCUUGUCACAUUGCGAAAUAUCAUCAAGAUAGCUGAUUUCGGACAAGCUUGUUUCUACAUGAAAGACCAUCCAGAUGAGGAAUACGAUGAGAAUGUGGCAACCCGAUGGUAUCGUGCUCCGGAGUUACUUUUUGGAUCAAGAAAAUAUGGACCGUCUGUUGAUAUAUGGGCAAUUGGAUGCAUAUUAGCCGAAUUAAUCAGAGGAAAACCUAUUUUUCCGGGAAGAAGUGAACUGGAACAAAUCUCAGUGAUAUUCGGUGUUCUAGGCACUCCAAAUGAAACAAAUUGGCCAAAAUGGAGAACUAUGCCAGAUGCAAAUAAGUUACUUUUUGAACCGAAAGAACCGAGAAAUAAUUGGUCUGAAAUCCUCCGAAGCAAGGAAGUGUCACAGGAAUUCGAUAAUUUUCUUCGUCUCCAUCUUCAAUUAUGCUGUGAUUUUCGUCCGGCUGCCAGUGUACUUUUGAUGCAUUCAUGGGUCAAAAAAGGGGAUUCUUUGGCUGAACCAGUUUAUAGAAUAUCGAAAAGAAAUGCAGAAAAGAAUAGACGAGAUGCGUUGCCUCCAUUACAUGUAUUUUUAUGA